GUGUAUGGUGUAUAGUCGCCUUUAUACAGAUGACAGCCAGCCAGGCACUAGGCAGCUGACAGACGUGACAGCAAAACAGACAGAAUCCCGUCCCAAAAUCUGACGAAAUUGGUAAAUGAUACGAAAUAUCUCACGAUAUUGAGAUGUCUGGCCCAACUCGUAAUGUAUGGGCGAUCGUAGCUAGAAAUUUUAUCAACUCUUUUAAACCCCGCCAAAUAAGGGGAAAUCUCAUGGGCAAGGAUUACAUAGGCAAUGACUAUUUUGAAAUUCCUGCUGAUCCCAGUAUUGGGAAGAGAAAACCAACUAGAUGGUAUAGCCCACCGAAGGGUCAAGACUUUCAGGAUCCCAUCCCUGCUGAGUGGGAGUCAUGGCUAAGGGGUCGCAGACUUGAACCACCAACAGAGGAAGAAAUAUUGAAAAACUUAGCUAUUGCUCAAAUGAAGAAAGAAAAUGCAGCUAAAAUUGAAGUGAAACGACUUGCAGAGGGUGGUUCUCUGCCAUCAAUACCUGAUAAAGGGCACAACUCAUAUCCCACAUACCCUGAUUUUCAACCCGGUGAUCCUAAUCAUAAAAUAGAUAACAAGUAAUUGUAAUGGGUCUUGAGAAAUGCUUCACAAAGUUAGCACAGUUGACUUGUAAUAAAGGAGAUAUUGUUGUUCUAAAAUAAAUACUCUGUUAAAAUAUAUUUUUAAUAGGAUUUAAAAAUAUGAAUUAUCUAAACUACAUGCAAAUACAUUUUACAUACAGCACAAUCAACUCAUACAGAAUCACUGUGAAGAUUUUGAUGAUAUAAAAUUUUUUGGUACAUUAAUGUUGCUAAUACUUUUUACCAUGGAAUGCAGAAUAAUCAAGUCUACUUUGCUUAGCUUGCCAGUACUUAUAUUGUUUUAUUAGCUUAAUUGCUGUACAUAACUAGAUUAAAUAUAGUUAAAUGUAAAUAUACCUCAUAUUACUAUGUACAAACUUCUUCAUUGUGAAUUAUCAGGCAGUAAAUUUUAUUUGGUAGACAGUUAAACAAAUGAUCAAAAUUUUAAACUUACUUUUGUUUCAUCUGUCUAGAUUGUAGUUGUGAGCUGUGAUCUUUAGUGAGUAGUAAAUUAUGUUGUUAAUA